UCUCUCUCUGUCUAAACUCUCAAGAAAAUUAAUAAACCAGCAUCAACAUGCAAGCUAGCUAUCAAAGUUGGAGCUAGGAGGGGCUGGCCGCUGUGGGAUUGAGGAGAAACUAAGCUCAUUAAAAGAAAGGGUUUUGAACUCACUAGGACAAUGCCUAACAUCCCAACAUCUCCCGGUUUUGAUGAAAUUGUGGUGGGAUUUGAGGAUGAAACUGAAAACAUAACAGGCCUGCUGAUUAGAGGACCAAAAGAGCUAGAUGUUGUAUCGAUUACUGGUAUGGCUGGGCUCGGCAAGACAACUCUGGCCAGAAAGGUGUUUUACCAUAAACCUGUUAUUGAUUGGUUUCAUUUUCGGGCAUGGUGCUGUGUCUCUCAAGAAUAUGACAAGAACCGUGUAUUCCAUGAAAUUUUUAGUCAAGUUUCAGACGAUAUGAGUAAGGAUGAUACAGAUGAAGUGCUGCUUGAAAUUUUAAUGAAAAAGUGCAAAGAUGAGCAAAGCUGGGUUGAUACUGCUGAAGCCCUACGCAUGGCCCUACGGGGGAAGUGUAAAGGCCACAAGAUUAGGGAUGAUACGACUGAAGUGUUGUAUGAAAGUUUAAUAAAAAUGAGCGAAGAUGAUAACAGCUGGAAAAAGAUAUCUAGUACACUGCACGAAAGCAUAAUGGAGAAGUGGGAAAACACCAAGAAUUGGGAUGAUAUUGCUAAGCCGUUGUAUGAAAGCUUAAUUGUGAAUUUUGAAGACAAUAAUGAAAUGUCUCCCAAAUUCCCAGUGGAAAGGCACAAAGACAUUAAGAUGUGGGAAGACAUAACAAGUGUGAUAAGCCAAAGCAAAAUUGUAGACAAAAAAGACAUUAGGAGAACAGAUGAUGAAGUUGGGAAUUUGUUCAAAAGCCUACAAGAUCUAGCUGAGGUGUUGUUCAAAAACAUGAAUGAAAAGUGCCAAGGGAAUGACAGUUGGAAAGAAAUGCUGGAAACAUUAUUCAAAAGCUUAAAUGAUAUAGUUGAAACUUUGCUCAUAAGCUUAAAUAAGAAAUGCAAAGACAGUAAAAGCUGGGAUGACAACAUAGCUGAGAAGCUACGCAAGAAACUGCUAGGACAAAGAUACCUCAUUGUGUUGGAUGAUGUUUGGAGAAAAAAAGCAUGGGAUGAGUUAAGUAGAGCUUUUCCCUUGGGCGCAGAAGGAAGCAGAAUCAUCUUAACAAGUAGAGAAAAAGAAGUUGGAAAAUAUCCCAGGUCUGGUGCUGAUCCCUAUUCUCUUCGUUUUUUCACUACUGAAGAGAGCCAAGAUUUACUGCAGUUAAAGCUAUCUAAAGGGAAUGUUGGCCCUCCAGAGCUAAAGGAAUUUGGGAGACAGAUAGCAGAAAGAUGUGGUGGAGUACCUUUGGUGGUUGUUUUGGUAGCUGGUAUUCUACAAAAAAAGAUUGAAGAAAAAUACUUCUCGUGGAAUGAAUUUCUUCAAAGUUUAAGCUCACAUAUCAGGGGAGAUGAAUCUCGGAGCAUGGAUGUAAUAGCAUUGAGUUACAAGCAUUUACCUGAGCAUUUAAAGCCAUGCCUUCUUUACUUUGGGGCAUUCCCAGAGGACCACGAAAUUCCAGUCUCGAAAUUGAUACAGCUGUGGAUGGCUGAAGGGUUUGUGAAACACAUAAAAAAGAAGGUAUUGGAGGAUGAAGCAGAGGACUACCUGAAUCAUCUAAUUGGUAGUAACCUAAUAAUGGUUUCCACCAGGGGAUACAAUAAUGGCAGUGUCAGAACAUGCCGUAUUCAUGAUCUGGUAGGUAGCUUUUGUCUGACAAAAGCCGAGGAAGAUAAAUUCUUGAUGCAAACAGACAGUGAAAAAACCAGCCCACAUUCGGAAUUGACUUCUACUUAUGAUCGGUUUUGUUUGCUUAAAAGGAAUGAUAAAUAUCUUUCUCCUGAUUCAGCUACGUCACUUAAUCCUAGUCUUGGCACACUUUUGUGCUUUUCAUCACAUAAUCCUAACCUUGGCACACAUUCCCUCUUUGCAUCGGAGGUGGAUCCUUCCUCUGGUUUAUGGGUAGCUAGCACAUUCAAACUUGUGAGAGUACUGGACUUGGAGUCCGUAUUUGUGGGCAAAUCAUUUUUGUCCAUGGUGGAGUUUCUCCUUUGUUUAAGGUACCUUGCUGUUUGUCUAAAAGGUUGUGGUUCAGUUCCACAGCCAUCUCUAGAGCGUCUUCACCAUCUAGAAACAUUCAAGGUGAAAUCAAGUGUGGAUUUGCAUUUAUCAUCCAUGAUUUGGAAUUUAGAGGGUUUGAGACAUUUGCAUAUAGAUCACUAUUGUCAUUGGUGCCUCUACUAUGGGGGAAAUUUUUUUAGUAUACCCCCGAAGCCUUUAAAUCUCCAAACCUUUUCCGUCCCGAUCCUAUUCGCCUCACGCAAGGAUGAGGAUCUGUUGAGGAAGCUUCCUCAUCUCCAAAAACUUAGAUGCAGAUUUUCAACAUCAUGGUAUAUGAAUUGCCAUAGAUUCCCUGAGUUGGGAUUUCUUGAUCAACUUGAAUCUCUGGAAGCAUGUUACACCAGUGACCAUCUGAAUGCACCAAUCUCCUCUGUGUUUGACUUUCCACCAAGUCUCAAGGAAUUGACACUCCACAAGUUUCGCCUGCCAUGGGAUAGCAUUUCAGUAAUUGCCACGCUGCCCCGUCUUGAGUCUCUUGAACUGUUCUCAGCAUUUGAUGGUGAGCAAUGGGAUGUUGAGGAAGGGAACUUCCGCGAACUCAAGUUCUUGAGAAUAUGCGAAUCCAGGAUUGUGAGAUGGAAUGCCACUGCUGAAUCUUUUCCCAAACUUGAGCGACUGGUUUUGGCAAAAUGCAGGCAUCUUGAAGAGGUGCCAUCUGAUUUCCAAGAUAUUAUUACUCUACAAGUAAUUGAAAUUGAUCAAUGCAACAGCUCUGUCGCUCGCUCAGUCAAGAAAAUUCAGGAAGAAAUGGAGGCACUGGGAAACGAGAACCUAAAUGUUCGCGUACUAAAUUCUGAUCUGGAACUAGGAAACUGGUACUUGUAACAGGCUCUGAAAACUGGAUUUAUUGAAUGGUUUCUCUUCGAAUUGAUGAGCACAGUCAAUCUGCUACAGAUGAUAUUCUGCAUCAAGGAAAGACAUGAAACUUCCACGUACUUCUGGUUUGGUACAUUGUACUUCAGUGUCUUCAAACUUUCAAGUAUUAUAAUGUUUGUGUAUGUGUUAUUUGAGGCAUUUAUGUUCUGUGUUUUUAAGGAUUAAUGUUUGUGUUUGUGUCAUUUGAGACAUUUAAUGUUCUGUGUUUUUAAGCUAGGAUUAAUGUUUGUGUCAUUUGAGACAUUCAUGUUGUGUGUUUUUAAGGAUCCAUGGAAUAAGUG